CAAACAUCUUGGCAGGUGCAUUUACAGGGAGCAGCAGCUAGCCCCCCUGUGACAAUGAGAAGUCUCCCACAGGCGAUUCCUCCCCCUUCACAAUCCCUUGGAGGUAUGAGGAGGGAACUGACAGCCCAGACUCCUAGGCUCCAGAGAGGGGAAGGGAGGGGCAGGGAGGAAGUGGAGAAGGACGAGCUUGGGGCAGGCAGGGUUUCUCCUCUCUCUGCCCCAACGCCUGGCACACAUUGCCCAGCCAUGGGGACCUUCGACCUGUGGACAGAUUACCUGGGUUUGGCACGUCUGGUGGGGGCUCUGCGUGGGGAAGAAGAGCCUGAGACCAGGCUGGACCCCCAGCCAGAACCAGUGCCAGCACCAGGGGAUCCGAGGUUCAGACCAGAACCCUCACCAGCUCCAGAACGCUUGUGCUCUUUCUGCAAACACAACGGCGAGUCCCGGGCCAUCUACCAGUCCCACGUGCUCAAGGACGAGGCGGGCCGGGUGCUGUGCCCCAUCCUUCGAGACUACGUGUGCCCCCAGUGCGGUGCCACUAGAGAUCGAGCCCACACCCGCCGCUUCUGCCCGCUCACCGGCCAAGGCUACACCUCUGUCUACAGCUACACCACCCGCAACUCUGCAGGCAAGAAGUUGGCUCGGUCUGACAAGGCGAGGACACAGGACUCCAGUCACCGUAGAGGAGGAGGAGCCAGCGCAGGUUCCAAAGGUGCCAGGAAGUCGUCGGGACCUUCGCCCUCUUCCUGCUGCCCCUCCAAUUCUACCUAGAGGGCAGGUGCGGGAGGACGCCCGGGAUGCUGUCUUCUCCUAGCCUGGGGACUCCUUGAAGGCUGGAUUUCAGGGAAGAUGCAUCAGGCAAGGACCCUCCCCUGAGCCCCUCCCCCAGCCUGGGCCUUGAAUGAGGGAGCAGCGCCUGGAAACACGAUCAAAAGAGCCCUGUGAGGAAGGAGGUGGCCCCGGGACAACCUGCCCUCCCUCCCCAACCCUGGGCGCCCAGUCAGCUCUCAAUAAAUGCUAUGAAUGGA